GGCUUCCUUUGUUGGAGUGUCAUGUGAUGAUCAGUACCUUUCUUUCUUGUAUUGAUGCUCCUCUUGAAGAACUCAAAAAAUAUGUUUUCCAAACAGAUUUCUCUCCUUCUAACGCUAUACUAUUGCUGUAGUUUUGUAUAUCCAAGGGCAAUUGAAGAUCGAUUGAACGAUUAUGCUCAUAUUAAGAGUCACGCGAGCACAAGCGUACAAGAACAAGCCGUCAGAGAUCUGAUCUCAAGACUCCUUCCAGAAUACACUUCUUUUUUCCAUAUUACAGUUGAUCCAAAACUCAGUGGAAAUCCCAACAUGGACAUGUUUGAAUAUCAGACUAAUGGCUCGAAGCUGUUCAUCACAGGUACCACUGGAGUGACGUGUUCUCUCGCUGUCAACCACUUCUUGAAAUAUUAUUGUAAAGCACACGUUUCGUGGAGUGGCGACCAGUUGAACAUUCCCAAACCAUUCCCAACGGUGUCAUCAUUGGUCACCGUACGUGUUCCAUACAGAUUUCGCUACUAUCAGAAUGUCUGUACACCCAGUUACUCAUUUGUUUGGAUGAAUUGGACGAGGUGGCAGAGACAGAUAGACUGGAUGGCUCUAAAUGGCAUCAAUCUACCAUUAGCUUUUAAUGGACAAGAAACUAUCUGGCAAAGAGUAUACUUAAAGAUGGGGCUGAAGCAAGAAGACCUUGACUCUCACUUUGGGGGACCUGCAUUUUUGGCUUGGGCUAGAAUGGGAAACAUGAAGGGAUGGGGUGGUCCAUUACCGUCAACAUGGUACAAAAUACAGCUAGAGUUGCAGCACCAGAUUCUCACAGCCAUGAGAAAUCUUGGUAUGACUCCAGUUCUCCCAGCAUUUGCAGGUCAUGUCCCAGAUGCUAUAACAACACUAUAUCCAAGGGCAAAUGUAUCCAAACUUGGACGAUGGGCUCAUUUCAAUAAUACUUAUUGCUGUACCAUGCUGCUAGAACCCACUGAUCCUCUGUUCAAGGAAAUUGGAGAAGCAUUUAUUAAGGAGCAAAUCUUAGAAUAUGGAACCACCCACCACAUCUACAACACUGACACCUUCAAUGAAAUGACACCAAGAUCCAGCGACCCCUCGUACUUGAGUGCCACAAGCAAGGCUGUAUAUGAAGCAAUGACUGCAGGAGAUCCCCAAGCUAUCUGGCUCAUGCAAGGAUGGUUAUUCCAAGAUACUGUGUUUUGGAAGGCACCCGAAAUUAAGGCAUUACUGACUGGUGUCCCCACCGGAAAAAUGAUUAUAUUAGAUCUGAUGGCCGAGGUGAAUCCUAUUUGGCAGCGAUCUUCUGCUUUGUAUGGCCAGCCAUUCAUCUGGUGCAUGUUGCAUAACUUUGGAGGGAACCAUGGUCUGUAUGGUGCUAUAGAACGUGUUUCAACCAACCCGGUCAAAGCAUUUCACACCUCCCACAACACCAUGCUUGGCACAGGCUUAACUCCAGAAGGAAUAUUCCAGAAUGACAUGGUGUAUGAUUUAAUGAAUGAGAUGGGCUGGAGAAGUGUUGGAUUUACUCCAACAGAGCUGCAGGACUGGGUGAUGUCAUAUGCUGAAAGAAGAUAUGGAGGCAUCAAUGGGCAGAUUGCUGAAGCAUGGAAACUGUUGGCAAGGAGUGUUUACAACUGUACUGAUGGCUUUCAUGAUCACUCUGGUUCUGUUAUUGUAGUCAAGCCAUCAUUAAGUGUUUCUCCACAUGUCUGGUUUAAUCCUGAGGAUGUUUAUGCUGCAUGGUACAACCUGUUAUCUGUAGCUGAUGGGUUCUCGAAGGUGGAAACAUUCAGAUAUGACUUGGUGGAUGUUACGAGAGAAGCUCUUCACCUGAUAUCAAUCCAAAUCUACAACAGAAUAAUCAAUGCCUACAAAAACAAGCAAGCAUCAGAGCUCAUCCAUUAUGGCUCCAUGCUAAUUGACCUGUUUGGAGAAAUGGACACACUCCUCUUGACCAAUGAGCAUUUCUUGUUGGGACGCUGGCUGAAUGCAGCAAAGGAUUUGGCCAUUACUCCAGAUGAGAUUCAACUUCACGAAUACAAUGCACGUAAUCAAGUAACCCUCUGGGGUCCUACUGGGGAGAUUGAAGACUAUGCUAAUAAGAUGUGGAAUGGUUUGGUAGGUUCAUAUUAUCGGCCUCGAUGGAUACUUUUCAUUGAAGAACUCUAUGAAGCUGUCUCCCAAGUCAAGACAAUUGAUUAUGAUGCGUUUAGUAAACAGUUACUGGUCCAAGAGACUCUAUGGACAUAUGGAAGUGAAAGUUAUCCUGACACACCUGUGGGAGACAGUGUUACUGUAGCCAAGAAUAUAUACCACAAAUAUGCAGAAUUCAUAGUUAAAAAAUAAGCUUGUUAGUGGUGUAUUUCUGCCUCUAGCUAUUCGCACAAAACUGAAAUACGGUUUAAGAAAUGAACUUUAAAAAUACCUAUAAUUAGAAUUUAAUUCUUUUUUGACAGCUUUUAUAACCUUUUUUUAAUACUUUUUUUGUAGUCUAUUUAUGAAAAUAUAUAUUUUUAAUUUCUUAUAUUUUUUAUUAUAUAAAUAGAAACGUUGCACUAUAUACUCCAAAGGGUGCACCUUGCAUGUAAAAUUAAAUCAGGGCUGUAGCCACAAAUUUCUGAUUGGUCUGGUUUGCCACACAUUUGAUUGGUCCAGUUUUCGAGGGUUUUCGGUCUUUGUUAUCAAACUAAUGAAUAAUUCAUGAGGAAAACACAACAGAAAUCACGACCAUGAAGAGUGUUGUAAAUCUGAUACAGAAUCGUGUUCGUUUGCAUAAACUUUAAGUUGGAUUUUCUUGGGCAGAUUCACUUUAAUUUUGAAAAUUUUAGUGAAACACAAAGGAACUAACCUAGACGUUUGAUAAGCAAUCUACAGUAUUCCUGUCCGUGUUGUAUCCGAUAUAAAAACUCUCGGCUAUUCCUUGAGUUUGUAUAUUGGAUACAACACGGCCACUCAUACUGUAUGUAUUACUUACAUUUGUUUUUUAUUUUUUUCUUCCCAAAAGUUGGUCCGGUUGAAACCGGUGGCUACGGCCCUGUAAGUAGUUUUAGUUAUUAACUACUGAAAGAUGCCUUUUCCAAUGCAAUGGUAUAUUCAAACGUGUAACUCUCGAUACAGCGGACACCAUUGUGAACAUCACUUGGUGUCCAUAAUAGCAAGCGUCCGCAAUAUUGAGAAUAAAUUAAAUACGCUGUUCUGGUACA